ACGUGACUUCUUCCCACAGCUGAAGGAGUGCAGUCGGCACAAUAGCACAACGACAGCGAAUUGGUAAAAGACACGAACGUCUACCUCGAACUUGCCAAUUUUAAAAUUGCAAACGUUGGUUCUGUUACAAUAAAAUUGCAAACGUUGGUUCUGUUACAAGGUAAUCUGCACUCCUCACUGGCAUGCUAAGAAGAGCAACUGCAAAUGUGACUGUGAAUUGUUGGAAAGGAAACAUUGUAAAACUUGAUCAUAAGUUAAUCAUGUCACGCCAGCUACAUGCUCGCAGAAUCGAGGGAAUCGACAAAAAUAUAUGGGUUGAUUUUACCCAGCUGGCUGCUGACUACAAGGCAGUGAAUCUAGGCCAGGGCUUUCCUGACUUCCCCCCUCCAAGCUACAUCCAAGAGGCCUUCUGCAAAGCAGUCAACGGAGGAUGCUCAAUGCAUCAGUACACACGCGCUUUCGGCCAUCCCGCUCUUGUGUCGAUCCUGGCCAAGUUCUUUGGUAGAGUCGUGGGACAUGAGAUUGAUGCUUUUGAGGACAUCCUGGUCACUGUCGGAGCCUACCAGGCUCUCUUCUGCACCUUUCAAGCCCUGGUCGAUGAAGACGAUGAGGUCAUCAUUAUUGAGCCUUUUUUCGACUGCUAUCAGCCAAUGGUGAAGAUGGCAAGAGGAAAGGCUGUCUAUGUGCCACUGAGGCCAAGAGUGGAGGGGGGCAAGGCCCUGACUAGUGCAGACUGGCUCCUAUCGUCUGAGGAGUUGGCCAGUAAAUUCAACCCACGCACCAAAGCCAUCGUCAUCAACACUCCCAACAAUCCAUUAGGCAAGGUGUAUAAGAGGGAGGAGCUCCAGGUGAUUGCAGACCUGUGUAUAAGGCAUGAUGUGGUGUGUAUCAGUGACGAGGUGUACGAGUGGCUGACUUAUGACGGUGCCAAGCAUGUGAAGAUAGCCAGUCUUCCUGGGAUGUGGGAGCGGACUGUCACGAUAGGAAGCGGAGGAAAGAGCUUCAGUGCUACAGGGUGGAAGGUUGGCUGGGCUAUUGGAGCAGGGCACAUUCUAAAGCACCUGAAGACCGUCCAUCAGAACUCUGUGUACCACUGUGCCACUGCCGCUCAGGAGGCGGUGGCCCAAGGUUUCCAGAGAGAGUACGAGCAGUUUGGGACGCCAGAGAGCUACUUCCUGCAGCUGCCUGAGAGGCUGCAUCACAAGAGGAAGAAGCUGGCCACCUGUCUGGAGAGUGUUGGCCUGCAGCCCAUUCUGCCUGAGGGAGGCUACUUCAUGAUCGCAGACAUCUCCUCUCUCAAGGUUGACUUGAAUGAUCCAAGCACUCAGGGUGAAGCUCAUGACUACAGAUUUGUCAAGUGGCUCAUUAAAGAGAAGGGUUUGGCCACUAUCCCUGUCUCGGCUUUCUACAGCCCUGAGCACCGCAAGGACUUUGAAAACUACGUUCGGUUCUGCUUCGUCAAGGAGGACUCAACGUUGAACGCUGCCGAGGAUAUCCUCAGAAAGUGGAGGGAUGGAAAAUGAAGAAAGCACACAGACAACCCUUCCUGUUUUGCCUUUAUCCAGCCUAGCUCAAAUCAGGUGUUCUCAGUUGAACCGAGCCAUAUUCAGCACCUAUGGAUUUAUUUACACUGUAGCACUGUAGGAAUAGACCUCCAUAGGAGCAAGUUAUAAGGGAUGUUUUCCUUUGUCAAUGUACACUGAGUGUACAAAACAUUAGGAACACCUUCCUAAUAUUGAGUUUCACCCAUUUUUGCCCUCAGAACAG